AUGCAGAUUAAAAAGUGCAACUCGAUUUUCAACUCGAAAAUUGUUGCCUACCCAGUUUAUGUGGCCCAAACAAUUCAUAAGUAUAAGCCGUCAGCCAUCCCGCAGGUAGCCAUAUUCGGACGGUCCAACGUUGGCAAAUCGAGUUUAAUCAACGCCCUGCUGAACAAUAGGGAAGUCGCGCAGGCUUCAAAGACGCCGGGGCGUACCCGUCAUUUAUUCAUUUUCAACCUGCUAAAUCAUCUCUCCAUUGUGGACUUACCUGGCUAUGGCUUUGCAAAGGUUUCUAAGGAGAUGCGUGAUAACUGGUCUAUCCUUAUCGAGGAGUAUUUGAAGAGAGCGGUGAACUUGAAGCGCGCUCUAUGCUUGAUGGAAUGUACAGAGUUUUUCACUGCACACGAUUUUGUUUUGCUCGACAUGCUAAUAACCAAGGGGGUGCCUUUUCAAAUUGUCGUUACUAAGGUGGAUAAGCUCCGGGCACACGAGCUGCACAAGCUCAUGUUUAAAGUCCUCUCCGUCAUUGACGAUUACAAGAAGAAAAUUAAGUCCCUUAACGAGAGGACGCACAGGCAGGGGGGGGGCACCCACAAGGAGACGACGACCUACGACAUGAAAAUAAACAGCUACUUAUUUAACGUAUCCAGUUUGAAGAAUUUUGGGGUUCAGCAGUUGAGGGCCCACUUGGGGUUGAUAGCAACUGACAACAUGCUGGUGAAGAAGUGA